AUGGCUCAACAGUGCUCGACGAGGCAUGUCGCCGGCAGCCGCGCCGGGUACCUGCCGAUCGAGGACUAUGGUAUGAUUGGCAACAUGCAUACAUGCGCGCUCGUGGGGACGAACGGUUCAGUUGACUUUAUGUGCUGGUAUGAGAUUGCCUUUCUUCCUCAUUUUGUCUUUAUGCUACUUACACGUUCCCCUCGGGCCGACGUUACACUCGGCCGAGUGAUGAACUUCCCAAUGCUCUCUUCAUCUCUUCCCAUAGCAGCCGAUGAGAUGAUCAACGGCAUAAGAUGCUACAAGAGGAUCAUCUCAAUGCCUAUCUAUCAUCCGGCCCUCAUGAGCUCAAAUUCCCUAGUCGAUGAGAUACUACCACUUACAUCUCGCCCACGAACCCUGACAUCUGACGCACCAUUGCCCAGGCCGGACUUCGAUUCUCCCAGUAUUUUUUGUCGGCUACUAGACCAGGAAAAGGGAGGCUUCUUCAGCAUCUGUCCUCCUCUGUCCAAGCUGUGCACAACCAAACAACAAUACCUCCCAUCCUCCAAUAUCUUGCAAACUAGAUACAUCCACGAUGACGGCGUCGUCGACGUUGUGGACUUUUUCCCUCGACCCAAGACUGCCACGGUCAUAUCGAAGAGCACCCGCCAAGGCGCAUUCCGUGAAACGACCAAGAUCCAGGAGGAGCUGAAGAAAUGGCUCGUCCGUCGGGUCGAGUGUAUCCGCGGCCGUCUCCAGCUCGAUAUUGAGAUUUUCCCGGCCUUCCAAUACGCCAGCGAGUCCCACGUCACCACCAUCAUCGAGCCGACUCACACGGCAAACAGCCCAAGCAAAGCCGUCACCUUUCACAGCGAGCACUACAAGAUGCAGCUCGACGUCACCAUCGACGACGUCGUCCCCGAGUCCGAGGCGGACGCAUCGGCAGCGGCGGCGGCGGCACCGGCGCCCUCCAUCACUUUCAGAAAGGAGAAGCGCGACGGUCUGCUGGGCGAGGGCGUCGUCGCGCACCUGGAAAUCACAGAGGGCCAGGCCGUCUCGUUCGUCCUGCGGAACGACAAGCCGGACCACGUCACGGAGAACGUCACGACGGCGGUGCUCGACGGGCAGCAGCACGACACGCAGUCGUUUUGGUACAACUGGAUCUCCAAGAGCAAGUACAAGGGCCGGUGGCGCGAGGUCGUCAACCGGAGCCUGAUGCUGCUCAAGAUGCUGACGUACGAGCCCACCGGCGCCAUCGUGGCCGCGCCGACGUUUUCUAUCCCCGAGGAUAUCGGUGGUGUUCGGAACUGGGACUACCGCUUCUGCUGGGUCCGCGACUCGAGCUUCACAAUCUACAUCCUCCUCCGCCUCGGCUUCUCCGCCGAGGCAGACGCCUACAUGGACUUCAUCAGCGAGCGCUUCGUCAAGUCGCGCGGCCCCAGCGGCGAGCUGCCCAUCAUGUUCACCAUCCGCGGCGAGACCGAGAUCCCCGAGAUGGAGCUCGACCACCUCGAGGGCUACCGCGGCAGCAAGCCCGUGCGGAUCGGCAACGGCGCGGCGUUCCAUCAGCAGUUUGACAUCUACGGCGAGCUCAUGGAUGGUAUCUAUCUGUAUAACAAGUACGGGAAGCCCAUCAGCUGGGAUCAGUGGUGUUCUGUGAGGGAGAUGCUGGACUUUGUCCUUACUUUGACAGAUCAACCUGACAUGUCCAUCUGGGAGGUCCGCAAUAAGAAGCAAAACUUCACCUACUCAAAAGUCAUGCUCUGGGUCGCCUUCGACCGCGGCCUCCGGCUUGCAGACAAACGCAACUUCCCCUGUCCCAAUCGUAGCAAAUGGCUCGAAGCCCGCGAUAACCUGAUGGAGGAGAUAAUGGAAAAGGAGCAGAGACGACAAACUGACAACCGCCGCACCGGCGGUAUAACAGGCUACAACAAGGAGAUGAAGUGCUUCGUCCAGAGCUACGAGAACAACACCAUGCUCGACUCCUCCAUCCUCAUCGCCCCGCUCGUCUUCUUCAUCGCCCCCAACGACCAGCGCUUCCUAAACACAAUGGACCGCAUCCUCAUGCCCCCCGAAAAGGGCGGCCUCACCAGCACAGGUCUCGUCUCCCGUUACGAUACCGAGCUGUCAGACGAUGGCGUCGGCGGAAGAGAAGGCGCCUUUAGCAUGUGCACCUUUUGGCUCGUCGAAGCGAUGACGCGCGCCUCCGUCUACGAGCCAAAGUACCUCGUCCGCGCCGUCAACCUCUUUGAGAACAUGCUGAGCUUCUCCAACCACCUCUCCAUGUUCUCGGAAGAGAUUGCCCGCAGCGGCGAGCAGCUCGGCAACACGCCCCAGGCUUUCAGCCACUUGGCCCUCAUCAGUGCGGCUUUUAAUCUGGAUCGUGUUACCGGGUUCCAGCGAUGA